AUGGAACAGUAUUUUUGCAUUUGUUGCUAUGGGAGAUUAUUUAAGAAAGGGGAGGUAAGGAAUUAGACUCAUGUGAAAGAAAACAUUGUAUUUUAAGUGGCGAAAAUUCUAAAUUUUUAAUGAGACAACCGAGCGCCCAGCUACGGUCUGCCUUUCGGGUCUGCAAUGAAUCCAGUGACUGCGAUUUCUUUCAAAAAAGUCUUACUCUUUCAUUCUUGUCGUACACUGUUGCUUGAUCUGAUCACGAACUGAUAAUCACUUAAAUUUCGCUUUGUUCUUUCCUUGACGUCUUUCAUCAUUUACUUAAUGUUAUUUGGUUAAGCUUUAUGCUCAUGACAUUUUGACUUUCUUUCUUUUGAAACGACAUAAAAGCUUACUAUAUUUUAACAAUAAAUGUUAAGUUUAGCUAGAUUUAUAAACACAUCAUCAAAAUAGAUCUAGAUUGGAUCGUUAAAUUUCAUUUUCUUCGUUUCCACGUAAUCUUGAGAGAUAUGGGCUUUAAAAUUCCUUUUGUUACAAGCAAGUUGCGCGGCCAGGUAUCGUAAAGAUGUAGCAAAUAUUGGUCAAUAAUCCAGUGUAGUCGAAUGUCUUACUUGUUCAGUCUGUACUAAAGUGUAAUAACGUGCGUUCUACUUGAAGAUGACUACUGCACAUGACUGUCAAAACACCAUGUGGUCACUGUCACUUGUAACUACGUGACAAGGCGGCCAUGUUGCGGCUUCAAUACAAUAGAGUUUUUCCUCGAAAAAUUUACAUGAAAAUAGAGUUAUUUAUAAGUUCCCAGGGGAGAGAAAUGCUUUUAUUCUUGGCCACCAUCUUGGCCGCCGUGACGUCAUGUGCAAGACUGCUCUCACCUGGACGAUCAUAUCUCUCCUUUGGGUUUAAACUAUUAAUUUAAUCAAGGUUAACCUCAUAUCUCAAGGAUACAAUCAAAUCACGACCUUUACUUCAAUUUGUGAUUGAUUAGCAUAAAAAAUCAAAUUGUGACAAUUUUGGCCCGGUCAGUAAUUUUAACAAGUGUGCCAAUCCCCCCCUGGACAUUUGUCAGGAAUUUGUUAUUUUUUUUCAAGUUUACCCUUCACCCCCUUCCCCGCCCCCCCAGGCAUUUGGUGGGCAUUUGUCACUCUUUUUUGAAAAAAUCUCACAGUGGGGCUUAAAAAAGUGUGCAAAUACCCCACCCUGGGAAAACAACAAAAUUGCUUUUUCCAGUAAAUAAGCUGCAAUGUGAAGCACCCUUCCCAAAUCGCUCUUNUCUCUCCUUUGGGUUUAAACUAUUAAUUUAAUCAAGGUUAACCUCAUAUCUCAAGGAUACAAUCAAAUCACGACCUUUACUUCAAUUUGUGAUUGAUUAGCAUAAAAAAUCAAAUUGUGACAAUUUUGGCCCGGUCAGUAAUUUUAACAAGUGUGCCAAUCCCCCCCUGGACAUUUGUCAGGAAUUUGUUAUUUUUUUUCAAGUUUACCCUUCACCCCCUUCCCCGCCCCCCCAGGCAUUUGGUGGGCAUUUGUCACUCUUUUUUGAAAAAAUCUCACAGUGGGGCUUAAAAAAGUGUGCAAAUACCCCACCCUGGGAAAACAACAAAAUUGCUUUUUCCAGUAAAUAAGCUGCAAUGUGAAGCACCCUUCCCAAAUCGCUCUUAGCUGCUACUUAUUAUUAUUGCUAAACAAAAAAUUAUCUGGUUAAUAUCAAUGAUUGAUUAUUUCUCCUCCAUGUGCGAACUGAUCACAAUGGUGGGAGUCGAUUUCUUAGACAGAUGCAUAAAAUACUGUGGGGUAGGGUGGUGGAUGAAAACCAAAUACAUCCUUUUAAAGUAUAAGUAUUUAAAAUAUUAUGUAAAGAAAAUAUCUAUAGCUAUCUAAAUAGGCAUACAUUUUAGUGAAACAUUGAAAAAGGAAUGAUGUGAAAUGCUUCUAGAAGAAUUGACAAAUGCCCCACCCCUGGGUAGAGAUUUCUGACAAAUUAUCCACUGUAGGGACUGACAAGAUGACAAGUGGCUGACAAAAUGCCCAGGGGGGGAUGGGCAUGCUUGGAAUUGAAUGAGUCAUUAGGGAGGCUAUAAUUAGAGAUGGAGGCUUAUAAAUAGUGGGUCUUCAAAAUGGGUGGGUGGGUUGUAUAACAUGCAUUUCAGUUUAUUUUAUUUUGUCAGAAUGAAUAAUAAAGCAAUAAAAUUUGCAUAUCCUGGAGGCUGUUCAAUACUGAGGCCAAAGAAUAACAGCCUCCUGGAUCUGCAUAACUCUUCUCAUCAUACUCAGCCUCAUACAAUAAUUACUUGAUUUGAUUGUAGUAACUUGAGUUAUUGGUGUAUUAGGAAAAACAGAUGCUGGUCUCAUCAGGAACAUUUGCUGCCCAGAUGGUGGAAUCCCUUGAGGCCAGCUUGACUGAUUCCAGUGGUUCAAAUAAGAAGAGACAUAAACGUAUACCAUCAGCAGAUAUUAAAAUCAUCUGGGCAAAUAAUCGACGUAUGUGUAACAUGCAUUGCAGUUAAUUUUUCUAUUUUACCUA